UUGGGUUGCCAAAGUGUCAUGAUAAAGUUAUACAAUACAUCUGUAAAACUUAAAAUAGUCCGUGACAUAUCUAUUUGUUGUUUUACGAACGAUGCAGUUAACACAACAUACAUGUGGUGGAUAGGUGGUUUAUUGAAUAGUUGGCUUGCAUUAGUGACGAUGAAGCUAGCACUCUUGUUCAUAGUGGUGUAUUUUUUCCACUGCAAAGGUGCCGUGGUCACGAAGAACGAGGAACAAUUAGUUAUCAACAAUAGACCUAUUAUUGGAGUUUUAUCCCAGGAACAAUCUUACCAUCUUCAAGAAAAAUACAGUGAAGAUAAUUACACCAGUUAUAUCGCAGCCUCGUAUGUGAAGGCUAUCGAAUCAGCUGGAGGAAGAGUUGUACCUAUUUUGAUAGGAAAAAAUCGUGGGUACUAUAGGGAAUUAAUGAGCAAGAUAAAUGGUGUGCUAUUCCCUGGUGGAGCGACAUACUUCAAUCAGUCCAACGGUUAUGCGGAUGCUGGACAACAUAUCUAUGAGAUAGCACAAGAGUUUAAUGAUGCUGAUGAUUAUUUCCCUAUAUUUGGGACUUGCCUUGGUUUCGAGUUACUCAUUAUACUCGCAUCAGGUCGCGGGGAAAAAGAAAACAGAAUUACAUGCAAUUCUACUUUGAGUCGUUCACUUAACUUUAUUGAUGAUUUACGUGAUACUAAAAUGUACAAAAAUACACCACAGGAUAUCGUUAAUUUAUUAGCCACUAAGGACAUAACAGUUAACUACCAUCAAUAUUGCAUAGUUGACGCGAAUUUACAUGCCUACGAUUUGAACAAAAAUUGGCUAGUAACAUCUUAUUCGAAUGAUAAUAACGGACUAAAAUUUAUCGCUACAAUUGAAAAUAAAAGAUAUCCAUUUUACGGCGUGCAGUUUCACCCCGAGAAGGUUUCUUUCGAAUGGAAGGAGUCAAAGAACUAUCCACAUUCAUCAGAAGCAGUGCGAGCAAACCGACAUUUCAUGGAUUUCUUCUUGAAUGAAUGUAGAAAGAGUUCUCAUGCAUUUAAGAGUGUGGAUGAAGAGAGAGAUCACCUGAUUUAUAACUAUGAACCCUUUUUUACCGGAAAGGUUGGCAGUCAAUAUGAGCAAUGUUACUUCUUCGAACCUAGACAUCGUCAACAUUUGACAGUUUAGUA